GACGGCGACGCAACGACUGAACCUUAGCCGAGAAACAGAAUACAGGCAGUUUAAUCUUGCUGAUUAAUUGCAAGAUUAUUGCUAACUUUUGACAUCGUGUAAAAUAUUUAUUAUUUUCUCUCGUAAUAUAGUAGUUAACUAUUUAACUGAAAUGGAUCCGACAGCAAACACUUUGAGGAUUCCUCCCGAAAUGCUACUAUAUGCCGAAAAGCACGAGAUAUUUGAUUUAAUGCAGUCUAUGCUGAGAAAUCUAAUAGUGGACAAACCAGAAGAUCCCAUUCAGUACCUGAUUACUUUGCUGAAGAGAGACAGUAUUGGAGCACUCACAUGCAAAGUACAGUGUCAGAAGCAGAGAGCAUGUGCCCAGGUGCAGCUGUCACUCUCAGUUCCCAGGAUUAUGCUGCUGGGUCCCCCAGCUUCAGGCAAAAGAACCACUGCCAGACAGCUGUGUGAGCGCACCAGAGCCGUGCACAUCACAGAGCCCGGCGUGUUGGAGGGGGAGGGCGAGCUGGCGAGGGAGGCAAAGUGGCACGCGGACAGGCUACAGGAAAUCCCUUGUGAGCUUUGGGUCAAGUUGAUUCAACAGCGUCUUUCAAAACUGGACUGCAUUCGACAAGGCUGGGUGCUGGAGGGGAUACCCCACAGUCGACAGGAGGCCCUGCUUCUGCAGGAGCUCGGCAUUUCCCCUCACCAUGUUGUGAUGCUGGAGGCACCUGAUGAAAUCCUGAUUAGAAGGCGCCAGUGCAGGAGGGUCAGCGUCUGCUCAGAAGAUGGCUCUGAAGAAUCUCAGUAUGAUGAGAAGAGGGUUCUCUCAGAUGACAACACUGCCACCCGGCUAUUAAAAUACCACCAGGAAGUGUCUGCUUUGCAAAGAACAUUUCAAAACUGUCUCAAGAUUAUUAAAGCAGACCAAUCCCAUGAAGACGUCUUCGCUCAAGCACUGAGCUACAUACAGCGCCGGCCCCGGCCCCCGGCCCCCUACACGCCCAGGGUCCUUCUGUUCGGACCCCCAGGCUCCGGAAAAAGACUGCAGGCUGAGCUGAUCUCUCAGAAAUACAACCUUGUCAACAUUUGCUGCGGAGAGCUUCUGAAGGCAGUUUCUGCAGACAAGACAAGUAUGGGAGAGCUCAUUAAACCCUACCUGGCAUCUGGAGAGCAAGUGCCCAAUGACCUGGUUCUCCAGAUCCUGACUCAGAGGCUCAGCCGGAUGGACUGCGCCGCCCGUGGAUGGGUGCUGCGUGGAUUUCCUCGAAACAUUGAACAAGCAGAGAUGCUCAAAGAAUCUAACUUCAUCCCUAACAGGGUUUUCUUCCUGGAGAUGCCUGACGACGCUGUAAAGGAGGUCGUCACCUUGAGGGCCGUUGAUCAUGUCACAGGCGAGAGGUACCACUCGCUGUUUAAGCCGCCCCCUGGCCCGGAGGUGCAGGCCCGGCUCUGUCAGAACCCCCGCGACUCUCAGGCCCGCUUGCUGAACCGGCUGAGCUGCUAUUCGGUACAAGUCCCAGCCCUGAAAGCCAUGUACCCUGAUGCCGUGCACGUCAACGCCGACCAGGACCCCCGCGCCAUUUUUGAGACGCUGGAGAGUCGGCUAGUAGAGCGCUUGCCAAAGUGUUACUCUGUGCUCCCAAGCACACAGGAGCCUGGUUCUGGGGAGAAGGCGGGGGAGUAGCAGGCGUAGAGCGGGAGAGCAGGGGAGUAACAGGCGUAGAGCGGGAGAUCAGGGGAGUAACAAGCGUAGAGCGGGAGAGCAGGGGAGUAACAGGCGUAGAGUAGGAGAUCAGGGGAGUAGCAGGCAUAGAGCAGGAGAUCAGGGGAGUAGCUGGCAUAGAGCAGGAGAUCAGGGGAGUAGCUGGCAUAGAGCAGGAGAUCAGGGGAGUAGCUGGCAUACAGCAGGAGAGCAGGGGAGUAACAGGCAUACAGGUGGAUUGCAGGGGAGUAGCAGGUGUACAGGAGUGCAGGGGAGCAGCUGGUGUACUGAAGGAGCGCAGGGGAGUAACAGGUAUACAGAAGGAGCUCAGGGGAGUAACAGGCAUACAGCAGGAGUGCAGGGGAGUAGCAGGAAUACAGAAGGAGCUCAGGGGAGUAACAGGCAUACAGCAGGAGUCCAGGGGAGUAGCAGGUAUACAGAAGGAGCUCAGGGGAGUAACAGGCAUACAGCAGGAGUCCAGGGGAGUAGCAGGUAUACAGAAGGAGCUCAGGGGAGUAACAGGCAUACAGCAGGAGUCCAGGGGAGUAGCAGGUGUACAGAAGGAGAGCAGGGGAGUAGCAGGUGUACAGAAGGAGAGCAGAGGAGUAGCAGGUGUACAGAAGGAGAGCAGGCAUAGAGCAGGAGCAUAAUGACAACCUACCCUCAAAUAAAGCUCCUCUGUGAAUGCAGUG